UAGCGAAAGAAUUGAGCAUUUAUUCACAUUUAAUUUACAUGAAUUUAUGGCGCAAGUCGUUUGGCUCAACUUCAACAAGAUUACUGUAGCCUUACUCAGUCUGUUGUUGCCGGUGGAGUCUUUAGAUAGAAAAUUGAUGGCGCUGUUUGUUGUCCUUGACUAACGUUAAAGAUUAGUCAGCACUUUUCAUGGUGAUGGACCCUCCUGGUGGGGGAGAUGAACGGCGGAGGCAGGCAGAGCGUCUUCGAAGGGAAGAGGCAUACUAUCACUUCAUCAAUGAACUGAGUGAAGAGGAGUACCGCCUAAUGAGAGACAGUAAUCUGCUGGGCACCCCUGGGGAGGUGACUGCCGAGGAGCUACGGCAGCGUCUUGAUGGAGCAAAAGAACGGGUUUCAUCUCAGCCCCGUACUGAGCAGCACUUGCAGAGUGUUGAUUCCGGAGAGCAGCAAAAUAGUAGCACAGAUGGAGAGGAGAGAGAGGCUGGAGGGAGACGAGGGGCAGGGGAUACAGAGUCUGGAGCAGAAACUUCUAAUGGUGAUUCACUGCUGGAGUGGCUGAACACUUUCAGGCGCACUGGUAAUGCUACUCGCAGUGGACAGAGUGGCAAUCAGACAUGGCGUGCCGUCAGCCGUACCAACCCUAACAGUGGAGAGUUCCGCUUUAGCCUGGAGAUCAACAUUAACCACGAUCAGCCAGAGCCAGGAGAGCAUAAUGACACUGUGGACACUGCAGAGCUGCCAGUGACUGGGCCAGACUCAAGUCCACCCACUUCACGGAGGAGGGCAGCAACACGGCGCAGGCGCAGAAGCACAACCACUCCUUCUGUGAGCCCCCCUGCAUUGCCUCCACCAGUGCCACCCUCAGCUGCUGGCCAGAGGAGAGGUUCCACUUUGCACUCUAUAGCACCACUUCACACUGUUCCCAGCCCUACUCUUGAUCAAACUGCACCAUUGCAACUUCAAGCCCUAAAUGCAGAAGUGGAUCAGGGUCGUGAUGAGAUGUUUGCUUCUAUUGACUGUCCCCGUGUAUCACCCCAGUCUAGGCCUCAGGACCCAACAGUUGAACAUGUAUCACGCAGGAGUAGAACUCGAUCGCGUGGUUUUGUGCGCAGGGCUAUAACAGGCAGUUGGGUUUCACCCCGCAUGUUAAGGCGAAGCCGUUCCCCCUUGCACAGAAUACCUGUUGCCAGUACCACUACACCAUCUGGCAGUGGUAUUAGUGGCUCUGUUGUCCAGAAUGUUGAGCCAGGCAGUGGGAUGAGCUCUGUGGCCCAACCUGCAACUUUAACGGAGACAGCAGAACGUGAGACUGAAUCACAUGUAACAGGAGCAGGAAGUUCAGCAGUCCGACGUCACCCAACUAUCAUGUUGGACCUGCAAGUGAGAAGGAUUCGACCUGGUGAAAACCGUGAUCGGGACAGUAUUGCCAGUAGAACACGUUCACGUGCCCGAGUUGCAGAGAAUACUGUCACAUUUGAAAGUGACAGUGGUGGAUUUAGACGCACCAUCUCCCGCUCUGAGCGAGCUGGGAUCCGCACUUAUGUGAGUACUAUCCGGAUUCCACUGAGACGCAUCAGUGAGACUGGACUUGGGGAGCCCAACUCCAAUGCCCUGCGUUCCAUCUUGCGCCAGAUCAUGACUGGAUUUGGGGAGUUGAGCUCCCUAAUGGAGACGGAGGCAGAUUCUGAAAAUGUUGUACCUAACCACACAGAUGCUAGUGUCACAAACAGUGACACCAGCCAAGACGGUCGUCUGCAUACGGUUGAGGGCACAACUGGUCAGGUUGGUAUAGGUGGAGUAGGCCAGGAGAGACUAAGGUUGGUGGGAAGUGAGGAGGACCAGGGUGGGCAGGCCAGGUCUGGAGGAGGGGUAGUGAGCACUACCGAGGGACAGGCCACCAGCAGAGACACCAACAACCUGGUAGAAAAUGGUACUCUACCCAUUCUGCGGCUGGCACAUUUCUUUUUGCUUAAUGAUGAGGAAGAUAACGAACAUCCUAGGGGCCUGACUAGAGAGCAAAUUGACAAUCUAUCAACACGUAUUUAUGGUCAAACCAACCUGGAGGGGGAGAUGAGUCGUGCGUGCAGCGUCUGCAUCAAUGAGUAUGCCCAGGGCAACAAGCUGCGCCGUCUGCCCUGCUCUCAUGAAUUCCACAUCCACUGCAUUGACCGCUGGCUCUCUGAAAACAACACCUGCCCCAUCUGCAGGCAGCCCAUACUUGCAGUGCAUCAUGAUUGACCUAUUUGCUCACAAACACAACUACAAUGUUGCAGGCUGGCUGAACAGAGCAGAUCCAAGUGGGCUUUGCAUGUACAUAGCUCUUUCAUGGUUUUGCCUCUUUGAAGCUAUAAAUUGCGUUAAAGGUAAAGAAUGUUGCACCAAAAUGGGAAAGAAAAUAAAUGCAUCAAUGCAAACAUUUAACAGGUUUAUUUUUUUUUUUUAGACUUUGGUUUCAGUAACUUAUGUUUUUUUUCUUCUUUUUACCUGUUUUGAUGGUCACAGCGCUUUAGAGGCCCCCUUCAAUGGACAACAUUAAAUGAUAAUGUCAGUCAUUUUUAUUUUUUGGGAGGGUAUCUUCCAAAUAUUCCAUACAGAGACUAAAACCAACAAUAGAUUUUGUGUACUCACCAUAAUAUCUGUGAAUUCACACCCUGGUUUAGCUUAUUCUUCUGUGCCAUAGACCUCCAUUGUUGUCCAGAAUCGCUGACAUUGUCCUUUAAUGCUUAAGGAACUCCUGUAGCCACUACUGAUUAGUCUCAAUUUAACUCUUUAUUGUCAGAUACAUGUGGAGUCUUUGUCACAAAUGGACUACACAAAUUACUUCUAGACUUGAUUUAUUCGGUAUAAGCUGUAAAUAAGUCACCAAUGCUUGUAUCUAAGGGUUUUGAAGAAAGAUGCUCCUUACAUCCCAGGAAUCCUCCAGUUUCUUUUAACAUUCACCACUUUAAAGUGUUCAUUUACAGUUCAUCAAGAAAUCUAUCAUUUACUCAGCUGUGUAUGAGCAAUCUACUUUGAAAUAUGUUUUAUUCUGCACAUCUAGUAAUAUUUGCUUAAGCCCCAUACACCUGUUCCAUUCAGAUCACGAUACAAAGUUCAUCCUUAAAAGUACCCACCAUCAUGAGCAACACUGAAAUCAUUAGCCUCGCCUAUAUGAACAGCACAAUUCAAAUGUAAUGCAGAAGGUAUGUGAUAAUCAAUUCAAUUUAUCACAGAGUUGUGCGGUGUGGAGAGAAAAGAUGGUAUUGCUUAAUGUUGGUCUUCAUUGUUGUUUACAUUAGUUGCGCCCAAUUAUCGUGUCUAUUAAAAGCCCUGAAAUCAG